GAAAACAAUCUUAAGGAAGAGCGAAGAGAAAAAUUGCAAACAAUAGGAAGGAAAAUAUCUGAAAAACUGCAUGGAUUACCUCUAGCUGGAAAGGUAGUGGGAAGUUUAUUGAAGUCCCAACUAAACGAGAAGUCCUGGAACAUGAUCUUAGAAAGUGAGUGGUGGGAACAUGAAUAUGUUUUAGAUAAUAUCCUUCCAUCUCUGGCUUUAAGUUACGAACACUUGAACGCAAAUCUAAAGCAAUGCUUCGCUUACUGCUCCAUAUUUCCCAAGAGCUAUGUUUUCGAGCAAGAUCAGUUAGUCCAGAUGUGGAUGGCUCAAGGUUUUAUCCAGAACAAGAAUCGGAUAAGAAUGAGAAUGGAGGACAUUGGAAGUCAGAUAUUUGACGAAUUAACUAGCAGGUACUUCUUUCUACCAACUCUGAAUAACAGGUACGUGAUGCACGAUCUGAUAAGAGAAUUGGCAGUUUGUGUUUCGUUGGAUGAAUGUUUGGUCAUUAGUGAUGAGAAAGGAGAAAUCCCAGAGACAAUUCGCCACUUGACUCUGAGGACUGAUAAAAUAGAUGCAUUUAUCGGCACGCAAAAACUUCAAAACCUACGGUCCAUUUUAUUCUUUGGUGUUUAUGAUUCUGAAAAGUUUUACCAUUUUCUUGACGGCAUGUUAAAACAAUCGAAAAGUUUGCGUGUUUUGGAUUUAUCUCACUUAAACAUGAAGCUGAAGAAGCUACCGGAUGCUAUUGGUGGGUUAUUACAUCUGCGGUACUUAGAUGUCUCCUGCACUGAGAUCGAACAGCUGCCCAAAUCAUUUUGUUGGCUAUGCCAUCUGCAAGUUUUGAACGUGCGAUCUUGCUUCUCUGUUAGGUUACCAGAAGACAUGAACAAAUUAAUCAACCUGCGGCAUUUAUACGGAGAAGUGGACACAAUUUCUCAAAUUGCUGGGAUUGGAGAUCUUACCAACCUUCAAGAAUUAGAGGAAUUUCGAGUCGCAAAGAAGAGGCGUCAUGAGAUUGGAGAGUUGAAGGGCUUGAGAAAUCUUCGGAGACAGCUUUCGAUCAAGAAUCUUGAGUAUAUCAACAGUAAGGAGGAGGCCAUGGAGGCCAUGUUGAAAGACAAAGAACACCUAACUGCACUACAUUUAGAAAAGAAUUUUGACGCAAAAUGUCCUCCUGAUGCCGAGAAGGAGAUAUUUGAAGGCCUCCAACCACAUCCCAGUCUUAAAGAGCUGAAGAUCAAGGGCUAUGGAGGUAUCAUAUUUCCAACUUGGAUGGUGGAAAAUAAAUUUCUAACCAAUCUAGAAUCGAUUUGUCUAGAAUGUUGCGACAGGUUGAAGAGUCUCCCGCCACUAGGGCAGCUGCCGUUCCUCAAGUAUCUUCGGAUUGAAAACAUGCCUGCCGUAAAACGAAUUGAUCGUGAAUUUUAUGGUGACACUGCCGUGGCAUUUCCAUCCCUGGAAUCACUAGAAUUUACUCACCUCGAUGAAUGGGAGGAGUGGUUAGAAGCAGAUGGCGCACAAUUUUCACCUCGCCUCCAUAGACUCCACCUCCAUAAAUGCUUCAAGCUAAGGAAAGUACCCCUCCGCUGCCUGUCCUCAUCGCUUGCAGAGCUCAGUAUCGAAGACUGUUGUGACUUCGGCAGUGCGCUGUCCGGAUGUCUGGAAAGUCUCACCUCUCUCACCACUCUAAGGGUCGCUCGCUACCGCUGCCACGAAUCUCUUUGUUUAUCAAAUUUGCGUGCUCUCGAGCAUUUGCACCUCGAAAAUUGCCCACAGAUGGAGUUAAUUGGGGGGUUGCAGUUCCUUACUGCUCUUGAAAUACUACACCUUAGAAAUUGUCCUCCGCAGGAGGCUCUUUGUUUAUCCAAUUUGCGUGCUCUCAAGCAUCUGCACCUUGAGGAUUGCGGAAACAUGAAGUUGGUUGGGGGGUUGCAGUACCUAACUGCUCUUGAAAAACUAGAACUCAAAGGAUGUCUCAUCGCGUCCUUAGAGCCUGUGCAGGUCCACGAGGGGGAGGGACUGCGAACUGUCAAUCGUCUCGACAUAGACGGCAUUAUCCUACUUCAAAAUCUGUGGAUUCUGUUGGGAAGCCUCCCCUCGUUGCAGUAUUUGCAUAUUCGUUCUGGUUAUGGUAUAACUAACUUCACAGGGGAGCAGGAGCUGUGGUUCCAGCAACUAACAUCACUUCAUGAGCUGGAGAUUUCUAGCUGCCAAAACCUUGAAAGCCUACCUACUUCUUUGGUAAACUUCUCCUCUAUCAGGAGGCUGACUAUAAACUUCUGCCCCAAAAUUAGCUUUCAAAGCCUUCGAGAGAACGAGUUGCCUACUUCGCUCGAAGAAUUACAGAUCAUGGAAUGCCUUUUGUUGAACAACCGAUGCCUGAGAGGAGGAGCUGAUUGGCCAAAGAUUGCUCACAUACCUUUCAUACAUAUUGAUAACAAGAUCAUACAACAACCGUGAAAAGAGAAUUCAAUGCCACUCCUACAUCCAUUCUUCUGGUUUGUUUCAUCGGUCGCCUCCAAUCGUUGAGCCACUUGGAGUGUGCAGAACUUUCGCUAGGUUCCCUUGUGGAUAUUCUUUCUAUAUAUUUGGGAAGUUCACAGCCAAUGAAUUCUUUCUUUGCAAGUCGAGCCUUAUCUGAAUCUACCAAAGUUGUUUCAAACUGUCCAUUAUCACCGCAUCUGCCUCUGAAGAAGCCACAGCUGAGUGCAACAUACUCCAUUUCACAUCAUAUAUUUGGAGCUACUGUAGCGUCCUCUAUCCUGUUAAGUCCUGCUGUUGUGGAGUUUAGCCUUAUGGAUGAUGUAUGAAAGUCAAUUUCUGAAUUUGCUUCUGAGAG